CACAUAAAUUGAAGUGUGAAAUGGCAGAGGAAGUGAUGAACAACAAACAAAUCAUUCUAAAACAUUAUGUGGAAGGUUACUCUAAGGAAUCUGAUAUGGAAUUUAAGAAUAACAACAUUAAAUUGAAUGUUCCAGAAGGUUCUAAUGUUGUUGUUUUGAAGAAUCUUUACUUGUCUUGUGACCCUUACAUGCGUUCACGUAUGAGUAAACUUGAGGGUAGCUAUGUUCAGUCCUUCACUCCUGGCUCUCCUAUCACAGGAUGUGGAGUGGCUAAAGUUUUGAAGUCUGGUGAUUCAAAUUUUCAAGAAGGUGAUUUAGUUUGGGGAAUGAUUGGAUGGGAGGAGUAUAGUAUUGUAAAUGCUACUCAGAGUUCUCUGUUUAAAAUUCAUGACAAGAAUGUACCUCUUUCUUACUAUACAGGAAUCCUUGGAAUGCCUGGGAUGACAGCUUAUGUUGGUUUUUAUGAGAUUUGCUCUCCGAAGAAGGGAGAAACCGUGUAUGUUUCUGCUGCUUCCGGAGCAGUUGGUCAGCUUGUUGGCCAAUUUGCGAAGAUGUUAGGUUGUUAUGUUGUUGGUAGUGCUGGAACCAAAGAAAAGGUUGAUCUGUUGAAGAACAAAUUCGGUUUUGAUGAAGCUUUUAACUACAAAGAGGAGAAGGAUUUAGUUGCAGCUUUGAAGAGGUACUUUCCUAACGGAAUUGACAUAUACUUUGAGAAUGUCGGAGGGAAGAUGCUUGAUGCAGUUCUUAUGAAUAUGAAACUUCAUGGUCGGAUUGCUGUGUGUGGGAUGAUCUCACAGUACAACCUUGAGAAGACGGAAGGAGUUCACAACUUGUUCUGCCUCAUCACAAAACGAAUCCGGAUGGAGGGUUUUCUUGUUUCUGAUCACUAUCAUCUCUACCCCAAGUACUUGGAAAUGAUCAUUCCACAAAUAAAGGCCGGUAACGUUGUGUAUGUGGAAGACAUAGCUGAAGGUCUCGAAAACGCUCCCAAGGCUCUAGUUGGUCUCUUCUAUGGUCGCAAUGUUGGAAAGCAACUUGUUAGGGUUUCACGUGAAUGAAUGGAUUCGACUCCUUUCCAUUUCCUGAUCAAGUUCUUAGUUGUGGUAGGAGACAUGUGUUAUAUGGUUAAAAAAUAAUGUUUGAGAUCUACAUGAAUAUUUUGCUAUAUUGUAUCUUAAUCAUGAAAACCUGAGUUUUGUGAAGCAAUUAUGAUGAGACCAAUGUUAUAAUUAAUGGUUGAACCCAUCAAUGAUAAGCUAAAGUUGGCGUUAACUUUCA